ACAGCAGAUGACAGCUGACUGAGCUAGCUAGCGCUUUGACGAAAAGGGGAGAUCAGGAACGGUCUGGAAUAGAUAUAUCUAGCGAUUUAACCCGUCAGAUUGCUUACUGAAAUUAUUUCACGGUUAUAGGGAUUCCAUAAACAACUGGUAUACUAUCAACAACUUGUUUGUAUUUUACCUCUGAGUGAGCUGGUAAAGAUGGUGAAGCCAGACAUCCACACUCUGGCCCACCACCUGAAGCAGGAGCGACUGUAUGUGGCUUCAGAGAAGCAGCUGAUCCAGCGGCUCAACGGGGAUGUGCUGAAGACUGCUGAGAGGCUGUACCGUGCUGCCUGGAUCACUAAGCAGCAGAGGAUCAACCUCGACCGUCUCAUCCUCACCAGUGCUGAGGCCUCCCCGGCCGAAUGCUGCCAGCAUGCCAAAGUGCUGGAGGACACGCAGUUCCUGGACGGCUACAAGACUCUGGGCUUCCAGGAGAGCAUCUACGGGGAGUUCCUGGGUCGGGUGCGCGAGAACCCCCGGCUGUUGGCCUCCUGCCUGGUGGCUGGGGAGAGGCUGAACCAGGAGCACAUACAGGGGGUCAUUUACACGGUCUUCACCUCACUCUAUGGCAACUGUAUCAUGCAGGAGGAUGAGCGCUACCUGCUGCAGGUCCUCCGCUACUUGGUGGAGUUUGAGCUGAAGGAGAGCGACAACCCUCGGCGGCUGCUGCGGCGGGGCACGUGCGCCUUCAGCAUCCUCUUCAAGCUCUUCUCCGAGGGGCUGUACUCAGCCAAGCUUUUCCUCACCGCCACCCUCCACGAGCCCAUCAUGCAGCUGCUGGUGGAGGACGAGGACCACCUGGAGACGGACCCCUCCAAGGUGACAGAGCGCUUCACGCCAGCCCAGCAGGAGCGCCUGUUUGGGGAGAAGGGCUCGGUGGGCUACAGGCAGAAGGUGGCGGCCGCUGUGGAGGCCAACGAGGCCAAGCUGGUGACCCUGGUCAACAAGUUCAUCGGCUACCUGAAGCAGAACACCUACUGCUUCCCCCACAACCUGCGCUGGAUCGUGUCUCAGAUGUACAAGACGCUGUCGUGCGUGGAACGGCUGGAGGUGGGCGAGGUGCGAACCAUGUGCACGGACCUGCUGCUCACCUGCUUCAUCUGCCCAGCCAUAGUCAACCCCGAGCAGUACGGCAUCAUCUCAGACGCCCCUAUCAACGAGGUGGCCCGCUUCAACCUCAUGCAGGUAGGGCAGCUUCUUCAACAGUUGGCAAUGGCUGACGAUGAUGGAGACCCCAGGAGGAAAAACAGUUUGGCGAAGUUCGAUAAGAGCUGUGUAGCUGCCUUCCUGGAUGUGGUAAUCGGAGGGAGAGCUGUGGAGACACCGCCCAUGUCCUCCAUGAACCUACUAGAAGGACUCAGCAGGACUGUGGCGUACAUGACACACAGUCAGCUGCUCUGCCUGGUGGACUUUGUACGGAGUGUGAUGGCAGGGGACCACCUCCGGGAGGAGGAGCAUAUGCUCCUGGAGACCCUGCUGGCUAACGUGCCCCAGUCCCGCACGGUGAAGAGCAACAGUCUGGAGCUCACCCCCUCCAACACCCCACAGCUCUCCCCAGCCACUACCCCCGCCAACAAAAAAAACAGGAACAUAGGACAACAGUUAGCAACUUCCUGGGACUCCACAACCACCACCCUGUCUGCUCACAUUCCAUUAGUUACCCCUUUUGCCUCCCGCAGUCGUAGCCGUUCCGAGCUGGCCCAGCAGGGGGAGGCAGAGGCUAGCUCCCUGGAGUCCCUGCAGGAGGUGAUGCCAGAGGAGGUGCUGGUGAUCUCACUAGGAAGCAGCCCCCAGACCAUCCCUGGGAUGAUGUCAGAGAAUGAGGUGUUGACCAUGCAGCUGACUGAUGGUUCACAAGGGGACACUCCUGCAGAUGACACCAAGCACCAUGGCAAGCCAGACAAAACCCUGCGCUUCUCCCUCUGCAGUGACAACCUGGAGGGCAUCUCAGAGGGUCCGUCCAACCGGUCUAACUCUGUGUCGUCUCUGGACAUGGAGGGAGAGUCUGUGUCUGAGCUGGGAGCUGGGCCAUCAGGGAGCAAUGGGGUGGAGGCUCUACAACUGCUGGAGCAUGAACAUGCCACCACUCAGGACAACCUGGAUGACAAACUGCGUAAGUUUGAGAUCCGCGACAUGAUGGGCCUGACAGAUGACCGGGACAUCUCUGAGACAGUGAGUGAGACCUGGAGCACAGACGUGCUGGGCAGUGACUUUGACCCCAACAUGGAUGAGGAUCGACUGCAGGAAAUAGCUGGGGCAACUGUAGAGAACAUGCUGGGCAGCCUGCUGUGCCUACCAGGCUCCGGCUCAGUGCUGCUAGACCCCUAUGGAUCCACCAUCUCAGAGACCACCAGCGAGGCCUGGAGUGUGGAGGUCCUGCCCAGUGACUCAGAAGCCCCAGACCUGAAGCAGGAGGAGCGUCUACAGGAGUUGGAGAGCUGCUCAGGGCUGGGCAGCACCUCCGAUGACACAGAGGUCAGAGAGGUCAGCUCCCGGCCCAGCACCCCAGGGCUCAGCGUCGUCUCAGCGACAUCAGAAGACAGAGGAAAGACGGAGGACCUGCGGUCGGAGUGCAGCUCGGACUUUGGGGGGAAGGACUCUGUGACCAGUCCAGAUGGGGAGGAGUCGUCCCACGGAGGACACCACAGUUUAGCUUCUCCGCCCUCACAGGCAGACUCCUUACUGGCCAUGUUCGAUCCCCUAUCCUCCGGCGAAGGUUUCUCUACUGGUACUAUCGUGAGGCCCAAAGUGUACUAUGCCAGGCCCCUUCAUCCUCCCCCUGACCCUCCCAUCCCAGAGGCCUGUGCCCUGGGCCAGGAGCCCCGCUACUCCCUGUUCACGCCCCACUGCCUAGCCCAAGGCGAGCUGGAGCACACCAAGCAGCGCUACUCCUACCCAGACAGGCUGGUACGUAGCCGCAGCUCUGACAUUGUGUGCCAAGGCCGCCGGCCUACCAGCGACCCAGGCCUCAACCGCAGGGCUGCAGCCGAGGAGCGGGACCCUGCCGGGGCCUUCUCUAUGGGGUCACCCUCGUCCCCCAGCAAGGACUCCCUAAAAGGAGAGGUUGAGGAGCGAAAGGACAGUGAUGAGGAAAAGUCUGAUCGCAACAGACCAUGGUGGAAGAAACGCUUUCAGUCAGCCAUUCCCAAAGUGCUGUAUUGGACGGCUGAGAGUGAAGUCCCAGCUCCGAUAGCCUUCCGGAAAAGGGACAGGCAGGAGAAAGACGAUGUGGGCCAUGAACGCGUCCCACAAGACGACCCUCUGUCCAGGAACUCCCAGGCCCAGGCAGCAGAAGACAUCCUAGACAAGUACAGGAACAUCAAGAGGACCAGCCCCAGUGAAGGAGCCACCGCUGCAGCCUAUGAUGCCACAGGAGAGCUGUGUGGAGAGGAGGGUUUGCACGACUCUCCCAGAGACGAAGCUCUGCAGAACAUGUCCACAGAUGACCUGCCAGACUCAGCCAGCCAGACGGCCCAGCAACACCACUCCAACAAGUUCUCUUUCAGUGAUGCAAAGAAGAAGUUGAGACUGGCCUUGUGUUCAGCAGACUCUGUGGCUUUCCCCCUCAUGGCUCCUGCCACCACACGCAAUGGGCUGCCUGACCACACAGACUCUGAAGACAAUGAGAUCGUGUGCUUCCUGAAGGUCCAGCUGGCGGAGGCCAUCAACCUGCAGGAUAAGAACCAGAUGGCCCAGAUCCAGGAGACCACUCGCUGCGUCAGCCGCUUCGACGCACGUACCUGCAGGAAGCUUCUGGCAGCCAUCGCCGAGGAUUACAGGAAGCGGGCGCCCUACAUAGCAUAUCUGACGCGGUGUCGGCAAGGCCUGCAGACGUCCCAGGCCCACCUGGAGCGGCUGCUGCAGCGGGUGCUGAGGGACAAGGAGGUGGCUAACCGCUACUUCACCACUGUCUGUGUUCGCCUCCUACUGGAACACAUGGAGGCUAAGUCACUGGACUUCAUCAAAGCCUUCCAGGGGUGCACAGCGUCAGAUGACAAGACGGCGGCGGUGGAGGACUUCCUGCGCUACCUGUACGGGGCCAUGGCCCAUGAUGCAAUCUGGCAGUACGCUAGCGAGGACCAGCUGCAGGAUGCCCAGAUGGCCAUCGAGCGCAGCGUCAUGAACCGUAUCUUCAAACUGGCCUUCUACCCCAACCAGGACGGGGACAUCCUGAGAGACCAGCUUCUUCAGGAACACAUAGCGCGUCUCUCAAAAGUGGUGACGGCAAAUCACAAAGCUCUUCAAAUCCCAGAGGUGUAUGCGAGGGAGGCUCCCUGGCCGUCUGCCCAGUCGGAGAUCCGGACCAUCAGCGCCUACAAGACUCCUCGGGACAAAGUGCAGUGUAUACUGCGCAUGUGUUCCACCAUCAUGAACCUCCUGAGUCUGGCCAACGAGGACUCUGUCCCCGGAGCAGACGACUUUGUCCCUGUGCUCGUCUUUGUCCUGAUAAAGGCAAACCCGCCUUGCCUGCUGUCCACUAUUCAGUACAUCAAUAAUUUCUACGCCAGCCGGCUGAGUGGGGAGGAGUGCUAUUGGUGGAUGCAGUUCACCGCGGCAGUGGAAUUCAUUAAGACCAUCGACGAUCGCAAGUGAAGCAGAACCGCCACCUGUAUGGGGAAGGAGACGGGAGACUGGGAGACUUUCCAACCAACUGCUCCCCACAGCCCCCAGAACCAGGACCCAGGCCCACGCCCUGUCUGUCUGCUCUCUGUUUGUAUAGCUGUACAUAGUCAGAGACUUUGAGAGAAUUAAAAGUAUAUAUGAUUAUUAUGUGGACAAAAUCCAGGUUUUACCAUGGAGAAAAAGGCCUUGGAAAAAUGGCAGAUGUUAACUUUGAACUUAAACUAAUUAGCAUUUCUCAUUUAAUCUCUUGUCUCUCUAGUCAUGGUGAGGUGUUGGGGUCUAUGUCUUGAAUGUUAUAUCUAAAGUUAUGAUUCUAACGUUAAAUUGACUGAUGAAAGUGUCUAAUCAGAUGAAAAGGGACCAUGUUUCCUAGAGAUUAUCUCAGAUAUAUGUUGUGGAAGGGGACUACCUGAAGGUGAGAGAGAAAGGCUUCCUUGUUAAAUUGUGCAAUCUUUCCCCUGAAAUACUCUUCAUCCCAAUGCUCUUCAUCGUAUCCUGGGGAAUCACAAACCUCAAUAGAUACUGACUGAGUAUUGGUGACUCAAGUACAUUAUAAGAUCAACCCAUAAUAAUCAUGCUAAUAUUAGCUUUUUUUAACAUUAGCACAUCAAUAAUAGGACAGCUUUUUUCAUAAAAUGUAAACAAAUGUAUUCAUUAUUCGGUUCAUCCUUACCUAAAUACUUCUCUUUCUGUGGCAAUUUGGACAGAAGGGCCCCCAUAUUUAUAUAUAAAAUGUAUUUAUUGCUUUCAUUCUAUUUCAUGGAAUUUUAUUUUAUUUCUAUAAAUGAAAUCACACGUCAUGCCUAUUUAGGAGAUUUAAGGCAGCUGUAAGGGUUGAGGUAUUUUAAUAGUGUUAGGAGGACGAGCAGCAUUGUCCUCAGACUGAGAAGCCCCCAGGAUGAGAAGUUGGCUGUUUGCUACGGCUUCUAUACGUUGUCACCACUGAUCAGCUCCUGCACAAUAUCACUAGUGCUGGUAUUUUUAGAAAUACUGAAAUGAGUGCCUUGAGGAGGGCUUCUUUGUGUAAGUCUGUUAUUUGUUGAAUUUUUUCUUGAGAAUGAGGGUUCUGCUCUUGGUUUUCCAUAAAGGAUAGGCAUUACUUCCCCAUUAUCACAGGGGUGGGCAACAUAUGCCCCGGCCUGUGAGCCCAUUCAGUCUGGCCAGCGAGAGGUUUGAGUAAAAAAAUGAACUUUAUUUUGGGGAUAUUAUUAUUAUUAUUAUUGGGUUAAAAAAUAAUCCAGGCCACUCUUGAACGUCUAAAACUAGAUAGAAAGUAUGUAGAAAUUAUGUUUAUAAUGACCUAUACGUUUUCAAAUAACUGCCCUUUGUAUGGCCAGAACAUUACUUUUGACGAACAAAUUGGUCCGGAAAAAAAUAUGUGCGCCUGAAUUUUGAGAAGCCUUCAAGCCUAAUUUAUUGCCCACCCCUGCAUUAUCACCAUUGAUCCCCACAGCCUGUCUCUCUGAGAAACCUCAUUCCAACCUUAGUGCUGUGACUGGAACACCACUGGUUGUUUUUGUUCAUUCCCUUAGCACUCAUCUCCUUCCCAUUGCUUUCAAUGUUUAAUAUCCUACCUCAAAGUUAGAACCAAUGAGCCUGACAUUUCUGUUUGUGCACAAUACUCUUUAAUAUUGGUUGGAUAGAAAGAGUAAUGGAACAGGUAUUCACUGUUUAGCAUCAGCUUCCCCUAUUGACACUGAUGAAUGCUCCCUUGCAGGAGCAUUUCCAAACGAACUAAGUUGGGUAUUUCUGUAGUUGAAGCUGUUAUAAUGCAUGUAGGUUUCAGCGUAGAGCAGACAGACUAGUGAUUGGAUUAGCUCUACCUCCUCACACGAUCAAGAAAGGGACUCUUAAAUAUUUAUGCACUCUUGUAUUAUUUUAUUUAUUCUUUCAUUUUAGAGUGCAGGGAAAUUAUUUCAUUUACAGGCAAGUUUCUAAUCACUUACAGCCAAAGGCACCAAAACUCAUAAAAUAAUGUUCUGUUUACGUUGCAGCUACAAAAAGCAGGAACACUUCCCACUUUGUUUGUGCACUUAGCAUUGUGCCAAGUGUCUGUAUUAUUUUCUAUGUUAAAUCACUGCUUUCAUAUCCCAUGACUAGACAGCACAACAAAAAAGACAAAAAUAGCAAAUAAUCAGAACACCAUUUAUGUUACUGACCGUUGAAAAAGGCAGUGUGGAAGAAUGUGGGCUGUGUUGCGUGAGAGGUUUGUACAGUGAAUGUGUGAUAUGUUGGUCUGUUAGACAAGUGUGUUUUGAGAGGUUGACCCUUUCUUUUACACAAUGUCAGGACGGUCCCCUUACUGUAGCUAAAGUACUACUCGAUGAGCAGUAAAUCCUUGCUGGUGAAAAACCUAUUAAAUAUUUCUAGAGAUAGUUUCAAACUGAGGCUGGGUUUUCUUUUUGUCUGUGUCCCUGAUGUCAUUUCUUUUUCAAAGUUCAGAGCUUAAUUACUCUGGAUUUUUUGUACAAGGUUAGUGAAGCUUGCUCCCUACAUUUGACACGCAGAACAUUUUACAUGUUUUCUACUCUGCUCUUUAGUAAUGAGUCACACUGGUUUGAACUAAAGCCUCUGCCAUUAAAAUGAUACUGUAACUGAGAUUUAUAUGGGUAGUUUAGCUAGGUCUGACUGUUACAGAUUAUCCAAUAACAUCACUCAUAAGGACACACAUUUAUAAGCAAUCUCUAAAGUUGUGAUAUUAGUGUUUUCUCCCCAUUUCCUGACUUCUGUUCCUGUUUUUUGAGGAAUAUCUGUGUACAGCAUCUAAUGGUUUUUAAAUAUACCUGUGCAAAAUAGAUGAUAUUGCUGUCUAACCUGUUUGAAAACACACCCGUGUAAUGAUAGGUCACAAAAUGCAGUUAGGCAGUAUCCAGAAGUGUUUGUGUGAUGUCACUUUAGAGGUAUGUACAGUACAGACCAAUAUGAUCAAACAAUCUGGACCUGGCUUGUGUGUUACUGUUUCCUUCUACAUAGCAGUGAACAAAUAUACUUUUUAGUAGCUAGAAAACUACAACCAGCCUUCGUGUCUGACCUGAGUGAAACUGUUCAUACACAGUGACAGAAUACCUCUCAUUGUGAAGUUAAAGUACAAAUACACAUCCUAACAUUGAGAAGAAUUCUAUAGUCUGAGUUUAGCAUUGAUUGUAUGCAAACAAGUGGACAGUUGCCAGAAUGGUGGACUAAAAGAGACGUUUGACUAUGGAAAUCUGGUCUUUAAAGCUUUACAAUCCUCCCUGUGCUCUAGUCCCUGUACAGAGUAGGCAGAACAAGCAGAAAAUAAUCCAUUUUACAUUUGUAAGCUUGCACAAUUAUAACAUAUGCGGAGGGGAAGGCGUUCUGUCUGUGAUUAAUGUAUCAUAUAAUUCUUUAAAACAAUAAAAUACAUUUUUCUGUA